AUGCGACAUUACCAUAACUGCCGCUUGAUCAUUUGGCGCACUCUCUUGCACAGGCCAGCCGUCCCUGUGACAAAGGCGACCCUCUCCUUGGGCGCCUACGAGCUUGCCCUCACUCUCCCUGCCCCCACACCCUCCACCAAGUCAUUUCUCAAGGCCAUUCCUGACCUGGUCUCCUUUUGCCAGGCCUGGGCCAUCUACAUGGCCCUCCGUGUGGCAGCCUCUCCUGACUGCACGCUUGGCCCAGCUUUGGCUGGGUUCCUCAUGCACAUUGCAGAACUGGACCAGCAUUUUGACUGGACAUACAUCGUGGACUACAUCCUGAUGGUCUGCAAGAAGUGGUUUGGUCAUGCUGAUGCAGACACCUGGUCCAGGCAGGACAUGGAGGCCUUCCAGGACAAGCUUGCCAUCGCUCCCACCAAAUCCCUCAAACCUCUGGUUGCCCCUGCAGAGCAGAGGAAGGCAGGCACCAAUGCCACAGUCUGCCUCUGCUGGAACAACAGCACCUGCACUGGCCCCUCACCAAGUGGGCUCCUGCCUAUCCACCUGGUGCCAGUUGGAUCACCCUCAGGCCACCCCCCUCGAACCUCCCUGGAGCUUUCCCCUCCUGUCUCCCCUGCUCCCUGGCAGCCCCUCAUGGACACCCCCACCCCCCAGCCUCCCUGCCCCAUUGCUACCCCUCCGUUGGAGGGUCCUUUCACGACCCACCAGCCUAUCAUGGCUGCCCCCCUUGCUGGAAGGCCAGCAACUACCUCUGGCCCACCUGCCAUGGCCACCAAGCCUAUCACAGCUCCCACGCCUCUCACGGCACCUGCGCCUAUCAUGGCCACACCACCUCUUAUGGUACCUUGGCCUAUCACAGCUCCCAGGCUUAUCAUGCCCCCCCCCCCCCCUCCCCCAGCCUCCGCCAUCUUCUCCCUGCCUGCAGCGGAUUUGUGCCUGCACCUUCUCCUGCAGGCCCUCUGCAGAAUCCCUGCGGCCCACCCGAACACCACCAUUGCGGCCCCAAUCUUCACCAGGGACAAUGUCCCUGCCUGCUGGGGUUCAAUGCAGGAAUGCACCCAUGCUUGGUGGCGCCUCCUGGCAUGCUACCCUGAUGCCAAGGUGUGCCACCAGCUGCUGGGUGGCAUCACUCAUGGGGGUCGGCUCACAAGGGUCACUGACCCGACCCCCCUCAUUUGCUCUCCCAUUGGCAUGGUACCAAAGCCCCACUCCUCUGGCUUCCACACCAUCCACCACCUUUCCCACCCCUGCUGCCCAGGGUCGAAGCUUCCUUCUGUCAAUGCCAGCAUCCAGCUGGCCUUUGUGUCCCUGUGGCUCCUGGGCUUCACAUUUGAUGGCAUGUCUUACCAUGAGAAUGCCCUCACAUUUGGGGGCAAGAGCUCAUCCUGGCUAUUCAACCUCUAUGCCAAGAUGGUUCAUUGGAUUGUGAGCUCCUGCCUCCCCCCCGGGCUGCCCCUGAACCAUUACCUUGAUGACUUCUUUGGGGCAGUCCCUGCAGGGGGGGACAGCUCUCGCCCAGUGUGCCUGUUGGCCCUCACCUGCAAGGCGCUGGGUCUCGAUCUGUCCCCCUCGAAGACAUUCUUCAGCUCCAAGAAGCUCGAGGUCCUAGGGAUCGAGAUCAACACAGAAGCUCUGACUAUCGGGAUCACCGAUAUGCGCAGAUCUUCCAUCCUUCGCACCAUCCAGGACCUCCUACAGUCCUCCCAGGUCUCCCUCCUCCAGCUGCAACGCAUCUCCAGCCUCUUGCAGUUUGUGACUCAGGUGGCCCCUGUCAUGGGCCUGGAUGCUCAAGAAGCAGGAGGGUCACUGGUUCAUAUGGAAGGAGCACAGGUAUCGAAGAUCUAG